UCUUCAACCAACGCAAACUACUUGGGAAAACCAGACUUCACUAUGGUCAGAAAUCAUUUUAGCAUACUUUAGGCAUCAUAAAUUAUAUCGUCUUGAAUUAUCAGAGGGAUUAAAUGGAGAAUUAUUUAACAAUCAAGGGAUAAAACGAAGGUUAAAGCUUGAAACGUUAGAAGAAAUAAUUGAAGUAAUGGUCGGGCAAGGAACGGCAGAGUGGUAUCCACCAUCCAAGAAAACUGCUGCACUUAUUUACUGGAGGAAACCUGAAGAAUGGGCAUCUUUAAUUGAUAAAUGGGUAUUUGACAAUGGAUUUAAUAAUUCCAUAUUGACGGUAUACGAGAUUGCGCACGGAGAAGCAUCCGAAGGGUUUGAAUUUUAUGAACUAGAUCAGACAAUUCUGUUAAAAGCAUUAGAUAUAUUAGUAAAACGUGGCGUGGCUCAGUUGUUUCAAGGAACCAGUGCUGAUGAUAUGGGAGUAAAGUUUUUCGGUACUGGUUGA